CACCAACAACAAUUACGAUGUGAAUGCGCAAACACACAAACAAUCCCCCUCUACCAUCACCAUACCUACCAACAACAAGCAAAUCCAAGUGAUGCUGCAUGCGCCAACAUCCUGACGCCCUGCUCAAAAGGACAACAACACUUGUCCGACCCCGACACCUAUAAUCACCAUCACGAGCCCCCUCCUCCGCAAUGGCCGUAUUCUCCCUCAUAAUAAUCAACAAAGCCGGUGGGCUAGUCUACCAGCGUGAAUUCCAGCCAGGACUGCGCAAGCUCUCGACAAACGACUAUCUCGUCCUGGCGGGCACGUUUCACGGUGUCCACGCCAUCACCCGCUCCAUCACCCCCAAGCUCCCCCUCGCCCCCGCCGCAGCACUCGCAACAACACCCACCACCGCGACCACACCCUCCCCCAACAAUGUCGUUUCUCCCUCCGCCACAUCAUCAACCCCUACCUCUUCUACAGCUUCAUACUCGUACCCGAACCCCGGAGUACCCGCGACGGGUCUCGAGUGUCUAGAAACGGACAAGUUCCGAUUAACGUGUUUCCAGACGUUGACGGGCACUAAGUUCCUCUUGUUUACGGAUCCGCUGAUGGCAAAUAUCGAGGUGGUUAUGAAGAAGAUAUAUGAGUUGUAUGCGGACUUUGUUAUGAAAAAUCCGUUCUAUCAGUUGGAAAUGCCGGUGAGGUGUGAGGCGUUUGAUCGGAAUUUGCAGGGUUGGUUGAGGGGGAGGACUUGAUUGAUG